AAGCUGUUAGUUUUUGCUUGGUUGUCUGUAAGCAUUGAUUCAGUCAGAGUCAGCGUCGAUUUCGCUUCAUUCAGAUAGCGUUAGUGAGACAAAUCUGCUUUGGGGAAUUAUGGCCUUUAAUUUGCUCACUUGGGACAUUUGUUUGGACAUCCUCAGAUGAUGUGACCAGAUAGAAUCUGAUUUCAUUGUGUUUUUUUUUUCUGUCAGGUGGAAGGACUUUCUAACCACAGUGGCACAGAGGUAGACGGGAUCGUCUGAUGGAUAUGACCGUGGUCUGGAACUCGGGUUUGCCCGCUUUCUGGGUAGCACUCAGCUACCUCUCCUGCCUGAGACUGGCACUGCCACUCUAUACAGAGCGCAAGACCUCCCCAAAACCACCUGCCACGGGUAAAGUCCCUCCACAUAUCAUCUUUGUGAUGGUGGACGAUCAAGGCUACAGUGAUGUGGGCUACCAUGGCUCGGAUAUCCACACGCCGGUACUGGACCAGCUGGCUGCUGAAGGGGUGAAGCUGGAGAACUACUAUGUCCAGCCAAUCUGCUCACCCUCUCGUAGCCAGCUCAUGACCGGAAGGUAUCAAAUUCACACAGGCCUUCAGCACUCCAUCAUCCGCUCACGUCAGCCCGUGUGUCUGCCCCUCGACAUGCCCACACUUCCUGAAAGGCUGCGAAAGGCCGGCUACAGCACCCACAUGGUAGGAAAGUGGCACCUGGGCUUCUGCCGGCCUGAAUGUCUGCCCACUAGCCGAGGCUUUCAGAGCUUUCUGGGUUCACUGACUGGCAGUGGAGACCAUUUUAAUUUCCAGAGCUGUGACGGAGCAGAGACCUGUGGCUUUGACCUGCACGAUGGAGAACGACCGGCCUGGGAGUUGAGCGGGAACUACUCCACAUGGCUGUAUGCACAGAGGGUGAAAACAAUCUUGCGGGCUCAUGACAGACGGCAGCCGCUGUUCCUGUACGUGGCACUCCAGGCUGCUCACACUCCUUUACAGGCUCCUGCUCAUCUCCUCCAGCGUUAUGCUUCUCUUGGGAAUCAGCCACGGCGCCAUUACGCCGCCAUGCUGAGUGGUGUGGAUGAGGCUGUGGGCGAGAUUGUGGCAGAGAUGCGUAAUCAAGGCUACUACAACAACUCCGUACUCAUCUACUCUUCAGAUAAUGGAGGCCAGCCUCUGUCAGGCGGCUGCAAUUGGCCCCUGCGUGGAGGAAAAGGCUCGUACUGGGAAGGAGGUGUGCGGGCAGUUGGCUUCGUUCACAGCCCUUUGUUGAAGAUGAAGAGGAAGAUCAGUCGUGCUUUAAUACACGUCUCAGAUUGGUACCCAACCUUGCUGUAUCUGGCAGGAUCUCCUGAGCCAAACCCUCAGCACUUAGAUGGCUGUAAUGUCUGGGGGGCGAUCAGUCAGGGCCUACCUUGCCCUCGUACCGAAAUCCUGUUUAACAUCGACCCUGUUUCGCGGCGGCAUGGAGAGAACGAUAGCAGGCUGUUGAUGGUUAACGGCUUUGGGAUCUGGGACACUGGAGUGCGUGCAGCAAUCCGAGUGGGUGACUGGAAGCUCCUGACAGGCAACGUAGGAGAUGGAGACUGGUUCCCCCCACAGAUCCUGCCUGGAGCUCCACAGCAGUGGCAGGACAUGGAGAAGAGACAAGACCAGCGUGGGAAGUCUGUGUGGCUCUUCAACAUCAGCGCUGACCCUUUUGAGAGACGCGAUCUGACACAAGCUAGGCCUGAGGUGGUAAAGCUUCUGCUCUCGAGGAUUGCUGAGUAUAACCACACUGCUGUGCCUCCAAGAAACCCACCAGAUGAUCCAAUGGCUGACCCCCAGCUCCACGGGGGUGUCUGGAUGCCAUGGCUGGAGAAGAAAGAAGGAGAGGAUGCUGACAGAAGAGGAGUGACAGAUAGACACAACUGGAAGCUUAGAUUCAAAACCUGCAAAGUGUGCAAACUGAGAGCUCUGUUUAGAAAAGUGGGAACACGCCUACAAAGAGCAGCUUUGUACUUUUAGGCAAAAAUGGAUAGAUGAAGAGAAAGGGAGGCAAAAAUCUUCCAAGUUGGCACUCUUGCUUGGCCACUUGUUUUUCCAGUCACUGAUGAAGGGCAGUGUCUGUGUGUGCCUAGCUCACAGGGAUGUGUAAGAGUUUGUUCAGGGCUUGAUGCUUCAUCCUCCUGCUCCUGCCAUAGUCAGAUCUAACAUUAGAAAACCUGAAAGUUGUAUAUUUUUUCAAAGCUAGACAUGACGUGAGCAAGCUAUGAGGAUGUUUAUUUUUCUUUCUUUCUUUUUUUUUUCUUGACGAUGUGGCUGACUUUACCACCUUGGCUUUGGUUCAUUAUGUUAGUGGUUUGCACCGUUGAAGAGGAUGAAGAAGAAAUCCUGCCUUGAGCUAAGAUUUGGGUUGAAGCGCAUAUUAAACCUCAUGGGUCAAACACAAGCCUCUCAUCACACAGCAGAUUACUGGAGGCUCCAUGAUUAUUUUUUAUUUCUGAAAAGGAUUUUUCCAAUUAAAGUCUUGCUUUUUUUAAUUAGAGUAGACUGCUAUUAUGGUAGAAGCAUUUCCUUGGGGGGAAAAAAAAAAAAACAGUUAGUGGAAUGUUUGGAUAGAGAAAGUCCAAAAACAUCAGAAGUCUUUUCCUAAAGUUUUCUCUCCCACACUUUACAUGCCUCGGCACUCAGCACUCCUCCUCACGCCUCUCUAAUUCACCCUCCUUUUCUUUUGCUGUCUCUGACUGUAGGCUGAUAAAGCCUACCUUAGCAGGAAUAAUGCCGAACCUAUUGACUUUUUCUCCACUAUCAUCACCUUUUUCUUCUGGUUAUGUGAGUAGAUCGGGUCAGAGAAUGAGAUAUGAGCUGUGCUCGGUUACGCAACAGUGAAAGAAGAAGAAGAAGAGGAGGAGGAGGAUGGUGAAGAUCUCCCUGGCUGAGAUGCUGUAUGGCUACAUAUGAAACGGUUGUGAAGCUUCUUGUUCUUCUCUCUUAAAUCGAAAUCAUGAACCAUAUUUAUACAGUUUGUCUAUGUCCAUAUCGUUGCAUCUUAUAAAACGAAGUAUUGUAUGCAUCUGGUUCUAGGAAUUCUAUUUUCGUAAAUAUAGUUCAAAUAACGAGGUAAUUGGAAAUCUUCAUCAUUUAAAGCAAGGCUGGUUUUUUUUUCCCCUUUUAUAUUUCGUGACCUUGUGCCUAAAGAUCACACAUCUAUAAGGGAGUGUGAGUGAUGAGAAGCUUCUGACUGCAUCCUGUGUGGAUGUGGUGAUGAAGCAGAGAGAAGACCAGAUCAACUGGUGCAGCUGGCCUGUCUCCAGGCCGUCACCUUCUCCGACCUCAUCAUGAGGCCCUUAUUAAAUCCGAUCAGUCAUGGAGCGAUGAUGUAGAACUUUCCCGUUUUUUCCAUCAGGACUGGGAUUAUGAUCCCUAAAAUAAGGUGAAGAAUAACAAUAUGAUUACUGAAAGUGUUAAAUAAAUGAAUAGAGACAUGUUUUAAAAAAACUAUAUAAUAUUCAGACUGUCAAUAAUCAUCAAUCCAACCAUGCUUUUUUUAAUUUGGCAAAUAAAAUUUUCUUUUCUUUAGUUUCUUUAAGAAUUGUGGUAAAGCUGACCAGGCUAAAAGAUAUUAAUUAACAUUAAAUUAAAAUUAAUUAAUUCAAUAAUAUUAAAUGAUUAAAGAAUCAUAUAUCUUAAAUGUAGACAAUUAUAAUCAUAAAAAUAAAAAAUAAGGAUAUAUGCUCUGUACAUCAUAGCCAUGAUUUACACAUUUUCCUCCUGAGUUACUCCUGAGUUUAAUGCAUACAAAUUGUUUCUUUUUUAAAAAAAAAAAAAAAAAUCAAUUUCUCUUCAGUCCCCAGGACCUCUGUUGUUGUUCUGUAACAUGUCCUGUUUCCUUGGGGAUUUCAUGCAAAAUAUCCUUUUGUCAUCUAUUAUCAUAGAGGGACAAAGACGACAGGCUUGCUGUCCUGUCCAAAUCUGGUAUUGGUUAUAAUUCUCAUCUCCUGUAUUGUUCAUACAAUACAAUUGUUUUAGUAUUAAGUGUAACACCACAAAAUCAGUGAGCAUCUCAGUCUCUGAAUGAAGAUCUGGGGUUGAAGACGAAAGUCUACUUGCACAAACCGAAGAAUGUUGUGAAAUCCUACAUGGAGGAAGCUCUUCGAGUGUGAUUAGUGUCAUUUUUUUUCUUUUUGUAAGUGCCUCAUAAUUGUAUUACUAUACUACUUCCCUGAAAGCCGCUGCUGAUGUUCUGAGCGCAGGAUUUGCUCCACUCUGCAUCGUGAAUGAGUUUCAUCAGUCAAAUAGCAGCUUGAACCUGCUGACGUCAUUCCACUUCUCACUUCCUGUCCUCGCCUUCGUCUCCUUCUCCUCCAUCUCUGCUCCGUUCUCCUUACAGUAUAUCUGCAUCUUCCACAAUCCCAUCCAGACCACUGCACAGUUCAUCUAUCUACAUCAUAUCAAGUGCAUUCUCCAGUCAACUUAUUAAAUAACUCGGACUGAUUGAGCACGGGUCGAAGGCUAGGGCAGGAAAUCAAACCGGGUAAUGAGAUGCCUCAUGUGAAACGUGUUGGAUUGCACUCAUACAGGUCAAUCCACAGAGACAGAGCAUACUGUAUUUCCAACAGCAUGAAUCAUCCUGGAAUGCUUGGAGAAUUUGGCACUUGUUCCGACUAGCCACUCCUAAUGCAUUACUCUAAAAGCAUUAUGUGCACAAUGAGAACUUAAAAAGCAGCUGUUGAGAGCGGUGUUUGCUUUACCAGGAAACAAUACAACACCAACAAUACGAAUACGCUCAAUAGCCCAACAAGUACAACAUGGUUUUAAGCCUCCAUAAAGACCAGCUAAAACAUUUUCAAGUCUACUUUAAAUCUUUGCCCCAGAACAUAACCUGGGUUUUAGUGGAACACAAACAACCAAAUCAAGGCAAGAAAGAUAACCAACAUUUCUAGUCUAGGCAUGUUCAAGGAUGUUGUCUUUGGAGGAAACAGUUCAUGACCCAAGAAAUAGCUUUUAUGCCUCUGUAUGUUGAUUUCCUUUUAAAACAGGAAGGCACGGGAGUGACAGCAGGUUGAAUUGCUUCAUUGUUUUGUGCAAAGAUGCACCAAAAUGAGUGAACUAGAUACAUAUGGAGGUUGUAGCAUACUAGAUAAGUGUUGCAUCGAGGGUUCUCAUGAAUACGAGAGUGUAGCAAGUAAAAAAGAGAAGCUGGAGAGAAUAGUCAGGGUUACGUGAGUUCAGAGAAGUUGUACAAUAAAGGAGAGGUAUGUUCUGCCUGGUCAUUACACCUCAAUCACCAUGAAAACCAUUGAGCUGCAGUUACUUUCUACCAACAUAACCGAAGUUUCAUGAGUCUUCUUCCAGCUAUUGGGAAUGAUUUCAUUCAGGAUGAUCUCAGAUAAUGUGAUAUGUGUUUACAUGUUCCGUCAGAAGCACCAGUGGUGAUGAAGUGCAGCGUGGUCUUCACCAGGAGGUAACUGAAUUCAGGACAAAAUAUUAACUCUUACUAAUGGAGAAUCCAUCAACUAUUUAUAAAGACAGAACCGCCUUCUCAAUCAGUCUGAGGUAGGGACACUUUCCGGCAUUAAGGUGGUAAAAGGUUCCUGUGUGGUGUGCCAGUCUCAUCUGCGUAAAUUCCAGCCACUUUUAAAAUGAAUCAUCUCCAAUGGUCAAGGCACAGAAACACUGAUUAUGUUUGCUGUUAAGUGCAAGAGGGGUGGGGCAUAUACAAUCUCGAGAGCAUUUAAUUGGACAAGUUAUUUUAGUUGAAAUUCUCACAGUGAAAUUCUUUCUUUGCAUAUCCUGUCCUUGGCUUGGAGGGUUGGGGGUCAGAGCACAGGCUCAGCCAUGAUGCAGUGCCCUCUGGAACAGGGGAAGGUUGGGGGCCUUGCUCAGGGGCCCCAAUGUUCGGAUCAACAACCCAGAUCAUUAAGCACUUGAGCUAUGACCGCCCCUUAACGAACAAGACUAGUACAGCAUGAUUCAUCAAAACAUUUAAUCAUUUCCUGAGAAAUGAUAAUUUGUAAUAUUUAAAUGGAAAUGCCUCCAUAUUUUAUUCAGCUGUAUUUUAUCUAGCUCACACAUCCAGUGUUAAGGGUUCGAUUCUUCUGUGUGUGUCUCUGUGGAGUUUGCAUUUUCUCCCUAGGCCUCAGGGUUUCCUCUGGUUUCCUUCCCCAGUCCAAAGACAUGUGUUGUAGGCAUCUUAAGGUUGAGAAUGUGUGUUUGUGUGUGAGAGAGAGGGAGGGAAAGAGGACCAGGUUGUACCUUGCCUUGUGCCCCGAGUCUCCUGGGCAAGGCUUCAAGUUCUCCAUGAGGUUAAGCUGCUUUGAUUCAGGACUGUCCAGUUUUAUCUCUGAAGGGCCUGUGUGGCCCCAAGCUUGCGUUCCAGAUGAACUGCAGCCACACCCCAUAUAUAUCGAGUGAUUUAAAAAUCAGACAGGAGACCCUGUUUUAAUAUAUAGCUGGAUGCUAUGACAUGGUCGACUCCUUUUGCUAGUAAAACUACAUUUACAGUUCAGGAUUAAUUGUGCGUAAAAAAGCAACUUCCUCUAACCAGCCCUUUUAUAGUGUACAAGACAGGGAGCUUUAAGCCGUAAAAAUAAAUCCUGCUUCACUUUAAGGUUGUGAAUGCAGAUGGGAUACGCAGUAUAGCGUGUGAAGGCUGAAGUGUAAUACUUUUGCAGUGAAAUUGCAGAGUAGAUGCUCUUUGGCAGGUAGCCAUCCACCCUCGCUGAGCCCCCUGCUGCCGAGCUUAUGCAGAGAUGAGAGUGUGGCCCAUCCCAGCAUGCAUCUGCCCACGCUCGCACAACCCCCUGCUCCCUCCCACCCAUCAGCCAUACACAGCUCCAAAACACAGAGUACACACAGUGCCAUAGAAACACCGCUCAGUGUUAAUUAGGCUUCCAGAGCGACAUGCCUCCGAGAAAAUAUAGAGCUCUGGUGAUGCACUCCAAGCAAACUUUCACUUACAACAGCAUCAAGUACAACCCUGUGUUUUUAUGAUUAGGAUACGUAAUGCAAUUAUCUAUCUAUCUAUCUAUCUAUCUAUCUAUCUAUCUAUCAAUAAAUUGUAUAUCCAUAUAAAUGUUAAG